AUGAAGGUGGUGAACCUGAAGCAGGCCAUUCUGCAGGCCUGGAAGGAGCGAUGGAGCGACUAUCAGUGGGCCAUAAACAUGAAGCGGUUCUUCCCCCGUGGAGCUACCUGGGAUAUCCUCACCCGGGCAGAGGCUCUUCUGGAGCAGGCCAUGAUCGGGCCGUCGCCGAACCCCCUCAUCUUGUCCUACCUGAAAUACGCUAUCAGCUCCCAGAUGGUGUCUUAUUCCACGGUGCUGACGGCCAUCAGCAAGCGGCUGGAGAAGAUGCUGGGCAGCACCAAGAACCGCGCCCUGAUCCACAUCGCCAAGCUGGAGGAGGCGUCCUCCUGGAGCGCCGUGGAGCAGUCCCUCGUCAAGCUCGGGGAGAACCUGAACAGCCUCAGCAGCUCCCCACUGCGAAGCCAGGCUGACGACUGCGUCUCCCUCAUCAAGAGCAUCCCCACCAUGCUCUCGGUGCACUCCGAGCAGCUGAACAAGACUGGCUUCCCCACCGUGCAUGCCGUGGUGCUGCUGGAGGGGACCAUGAACCUCACGGGAGAGACCCAGCCGCUGGUGGAGCAGCUGAUGAUGGUGAAGAGGAUGCAGCGCAUCCCCUCCCCGCUCUUUGUGCUGGAGAUCUGGAAGGCCUGCUUCGUGGGCCUCAUCGAUGCAGAGCGGGCUCUGCCUCGGUCGCUCACAUCUGCGCCCCGUGUCUUUCAGAUCCCCCAGGUCCUGGUUAAACUCAAGAAGUAUCCCCAAGGGGAGAAGGACUUCACCGAGGAUGUGAACUGUGCCUUCGAGUUGCUGCUCAGUCUCUGGUCCCCGCUCUCCUCUCUCUCUUCCAGCUGCGACUGCACGAGUCAGCUCCUGCAGGAGUGCGGCAAGCAGGGGCUGCUUUCAGAGGCCAACAUGAACAACCUGAUUGCCAAACGGAAGGCGGACAGAGAACACGCUCCGCGCUUGAAGUCGGCGGAGAACGCCAACAUCCAGCCAAACCCGGGGCUCAUCCUGAGGGCCGAGCCAACUGUCACCAACAUACUGAAGACCAUGGAUGCGGAUCACUCCAAGUCCCCUGAAGGCUUGCUGGGGGUCUUGGGCCACAUGCUGUCUGGGAAGAGCCUGGACUUGCUGCUGGCAGCGGCAGCAGCGACGGGCAAGCUGAAAUCCUUCGCUCGGAAGUUCAUCAAGCUGGAGGUCCCCAAGGUCUUCUUUUCUCCUCCCUCAGCCAAAACAGCCCCAGUUCGGGCCCUGCUCUUCGACAUCUCUUUCCUCAUGCUGUGCCAUGUGGCCCAGACCUACGGCUCGGAGGACAUCCUGUCGGAGUCGAGCCCGGCGGGCGAGGUGCCCUUCUUCGAGACCUGGAUGCUGACCUGCAUGCCUGAGGAGGGGAAGAUCCUCAACCCCGACCACCCCUGCUUCCGCCCCGACUCCACCAAGGUGGAGUCCCUGGUCGCCCUCCUCAACAACUCCUCUGAGAUGAAGCUGGUGCAGAUGAAGUGGCACGAGGCGUGUCUGAGCAUCUCGGCCGCCAUCCUGGAGAUCCUCAACGCCUGGGAGAACAGCGUCCUCACCUUUGAGUCCAUCCAGAAAAUCACAGACAACAUCAAGGGGAAGGUGUGCAGCAUGGCGGUGUGCGCAGUGGCCUGGCUGGUGGCCCACGUCCGCAUGCUGGGCUUGGACGAGCGGGAGAAGUCCCUGCAGAUGAUCCGGCAGCUGGCCACCCCGCUGUACGGCGACAACACGCUGCAGUUCUACAACGAGCGCGUGGUGAUCAUGAGCUCCAUCCUGGAGCACAUGUGUGCGGAUGUGCUGCAGCAGACGGCCACGCAGAUCAAGUUCCCCUCCACGGGCAUGGACACCAUCCCUUACUGGAACCUGCUGCCCCCCAAGAAGCCCAUCAAGGAGGUGCUGACGAGCGUGUUCACCAAGGUGCUGGAGAAGGGCUGGGUCGACAGCCGCUCCAUCCACAUCUUCGACACCCUGCUGCACAUGGGGGGUGUCUACUGGUUCUGCAACAACCUGGUCAAGGAGCUGCUGAAGGAGACGCGGAAGGAGCACACGCUGCGGGCCGUGGAGCUGCUCUAUGCCAUCUUCUGCCUGGACAUGCAGCAGCUGACGCUGACCCUGCUGGGCCACAUCCUGCCCAACCUGCUGACGGACUCCUCCAAGUGGCACACUCUCAUGGACCCGCCGGGAAAGGCCCUGGCCAAGCUCUCCGUCUGGUGUGCCCUGAGCUCCUACUCCUCCCACAACAAGGGCCAGGCGUCCGCCAGGCAGAAGAAGAGGCACCGAGAGGACAUUGAGGAUUACAUCAGCCUGUUCCCGCUGGACGACACGCAGCCCUCCAAGCUCAUGCGCCUGCUGAGCUCCAACGAGGAGGACGCCAACAACCUCUCCAGCCCCAAUCACUCGAUGAGCAGCUCGCUCUCGGCCUCCCAGCUCCACACCGUCAGCAUGAGGGACCCGCUGAACAGGGUGCUAGCAAACCUCUUCCUGCUCAUCUCAUCCAUCCUGGGGGCCAAGACGGCCGGCACACACACCCAGUUUGUGCAGUGGUUCAUGGAGGAGUGCGUGGACUGCCUGGAGCAGGGCAGCCCCGGCAGCAUC